AUGGCGCUGAGCGAGGAGCGCACGACCGAGAUCAAGACCAUGACCUUCAACGGACAAGAGGUCGCGGUCGAAUACCAGAGUGGCCUCGCCUACCGGUUCGAGGGCAGCUUUUACGACAACCAGUUCAGGGAACUGUAUGUCGAAUUGAACGCCGAGGUAUUCACUUCGAUCCAGACAGAGGCGUUCGACGCGGACGGCAAUCCGCUUCUGACGUCCUUCGGAUACCAACAGAUGCUCGAGGUCGCGGGACAAGCUCACGACUACGGAAUCGAAGAAUUCUCCAUGGCGUUCGAAUACAUGAUCGAUAUUCAGAGAAAUGAUUUCGGAUCUUACGAAAUGACGAUUUCGGUCAUGUUCGAAGGUGAAAUCAUCGACAUGAACGGAAUUGGUCGCGAGUUCCUGUUCGAAGACGAAACGAUGUUCCUGUUCUCCGAUCUCGAUCAGAUCAGUUUCGACCAGCUGCCGCAGGGCUUCGACGACGAAAUCGCCCGUUUCGCCGCAAACAUGGGCGAUGCGUGGGAUGCGUUCGGUUCCGUAAACGACCAGAUUGAGGCCGUUCUCCUGAAACUCCGGGAAGAGGGACAUUACCAGGCCUGGGACGACGCGGACCAGGGCCUGAACGACCCGUUCGAUUUCAACCUGCCAACUGUCGACCCGUUUUCCUGA